GAUCAUUUGAGCAUAGAUGAAUUACGCUCGGAAGUGCUAGUAAUAUUGCUGUCACAUCACGUUAUCAAAAUUAUCUGAGAGAGAUUCUCGUUCCUGGAGAAGGUAUUAGAAGAGCGGUAAUUCUGUAAUAUCAAUACGUUUGGAGCUUCGAUGAGUUUUUACUGGAUAACAUUCUAAGAUCGCUGAUUGCUGUGGCAUUAUGUACUUGAUGUAUCACUUUUUAAAAGUCGCCGUACAUCGCUCUCAUGCUUCGACAAGAGGAAUCGACAACGCUGCCCAAUAGUGCAGGCCUACAUGAAGUAAACGUAAGAGCCACUUCAGCUGGUAAAUCAAAAUCAUCGAGCAGUGGACAUGAAAGUGGGGAAGGUGAUAACAUUCGAGUGUAUGUACGUGUCAGACCUCCAGCUAAAAACCUUGAAACAGAUGUUGAUCGCACACCAUGUCUAGAUGUAACAUCUGGAAAUACAGUUGUUCUUCAGAGCAAGCCUGACCCAAAAACAUUUUCCUUUGAUCAUGUGGCUGAUAUUAACACAACUCAGGAAGAGGUCUUUGGAGCAGUUGGGAAGAAGAUUGUAGAGGGUUGUGUUGCAGGUUACAAUGGAACAAUUUUUGCCUAUGGCCAGACUGGCUCAGGGAAAACAUUCACCAUGCUUGGACCUGCUGAGGGAGAGGAAGAGAGCUUUACUCAUCAGCUCCGUGGUGUCAUACCACGUGCAUUUGAAUACCUAUUCAGUUUGAUAAACAGGGAACAGGAAAAGUAUGGUGAACGAGUAGAAUUCUUGUGUCGCUGCUCUUUCCUGGAGAUCUACAAUGAACAGAUAUUUGACUUGUUAGAUCCUGCGUCAAUGGGCCUGUCACUUAGGGAGGACAUCAAGAAAGGUGUAUUUGUAGAUGGGUUACUAGAAAGAGAUGUGGCGAGUGCAAGGGAUGCUUACAGGGUGUUGAAUUCUGGUUGGCUGAACAGAAGAGUAGCCUCCACAUCGAUGAACAGAGAAAGUAGCCGCAGCCAUGCAGUUUUUACAGUGACUUUAGAAUCAAAGGAACGUAAGGCAGGUAUGGCUAGUAUCAAAGUGUCCCGUCUUCAUCUUGUGGAUUUGGCAGGUUCUGAAAGACAGAAGGAUACUCAUGCAGAGGGCCUCAGACUUAAGGAAGCAAGUAGUAUUAACAAGUCGUUGUCAGCACUUGGUAAUGUGAUCAUGGCCUUGGUUGAUAUCACUCACGGGAAGACCAGACAUGUUCACUAUAGAGACUCAAAACUAACAUUCCUUUUAAGAGACUCACUGGGUGGCAAUGCAAAGACUUAUCUUAUUGCAAAUGUACAUCCAUCUGCUAAGUGUUUUGGCGAAACAUUAUCCACUCUAAACUUUGCUAAAAGAGCAAAGAUGAUUAAAAACAAGGCUGUGGUGAAUGAGGAUGCUACUGGAAGCAUUACUGCUCUUCAAGCUGAAAUAAGACGACUUAGAGAGGAGCUGGAGAAAGCUCGAGCUGGAAUUCCAAAGCAAAUCACCAGACAAGAAUCAACUGAAGCAGAUCAUAAAAAUUCUCGAGGUGAAGCUUGUGUCCCUGCUGAUACAAACAACAAUAACAAUAACUGUAACAAUAACUCUGGAAUAGAUGUGAAUCAGCAGUACCGGGAGUGGAGAGAAAUGAUGGUGGCAGCCACUGCGGCGAGGGAUCGAGCCGAACAGGAAAAGCAGUGCUUAGUUGAGAAGGUGCAAAAGCUCGAGGAAUUGUGCAGCAAAAAGGAAAAAUUCCUUCAGUCGACAAAGAUGAUCCUAAAGUUUCGAGAAAGCACAAUUUCCAGACUGGAGAGACUGAGAAAACGAGAUAAGGAAGGGCCUGAUGGCCAAGACGACGAUAAGGAUAGAGAAAUUCAACUUCUCAAAGAAGAAAUCGCCGUAAUGAAAGAUAAACUUGAACACCACCCAGAUGUCACGAGGUUCGCUAUGGAAAAUCUAGAGCUUAGAGCGGAGCUUAAGUGCAUACGCACCCGGGAUGAAGAUGGGACUGAUUUCACUCAAGAUCUUGCUAAAAGUCAGCGCUACACGUUGCAGUUAGAGAGACAAUUGAGGGAAUUGCUUCAGUCACCUCAAGGAAGUGAACUUGAGAGAAGUUUAUCCAACUCCUUGCUAAACUUGGAAGCGUCGAAUGCCGAACUCGAAAAGUUCAAACUCGAAAGAGCGCAAUUACACGCUCAAAUGGAAUCGACUCGAGAGGAACUAACAGAAACCCGUGAAAGUUUACAACAGACUAAGGAAAAACUAGUAGGACAAGAGGAGAGCUUCAGAAAAAAAUGCAUCGACUUAGAAGCUGAUGUUUUGUCACUCAGAAAGGCCAACUCUGAAUUGGAGAGAGCACUGGAAGCACAUCAACUGAAAACAGCAGUGGAGCGUACGACAUUAAAUGACAUCCACAUGCAAACAAUCAAGAGUCUUACCUCCCCGCGGAAAAUCCUAAACACGCCCAAUCGACUGAGUCCACGCAGCGCAGCAAGCACUCCUAAACGGUCCCCGGCUGUUGGUCGAAAGUCUAAGCUGUCUUCUCCCGUGAUAGGGACACCUGAUGAGAAACCCAAACCACAAAAUGGACUGGUAAGGAGAGACAGCUUCCACGAUAUUGGAUCAGACAGUGAAAUGGAUGAUCCGUUCUUCAAUUUUGACUCCGAAGAGAUGGAUGACGAGGAACUUUAUGCUGAAUCGCUUUUGGAGGAGCUAAAAAAGCAACAGGAAAUGAAUAACGUCCAGUUACAACAGCUCCAGACAGAAGAGGCGACAAGAAUUCGACUGAAUCAAACCGUCAACAAACUUGAACACCAAGUGCAGAAUCUCACGUCGGUUCUAACCAGUGAGCGGGAAAAGCAUGCUGCAACUGAGACUGAGCUGAACAUGAAGAACCUGGGUCUUGCUGACAAGCUGAAGGAGGCCCGGGGAGAACUUACUGUACUCCGAAGUGAAAUAGAAGAUUUGAAAUGCUCAAUGCAAGCUUCACAGAGACAAGUUGAUUCGCUGAAGAAGGAACGAGACAUGGAAAGUAUUGAGUCUGGCAGAAGACUUGCCACAUUGGAGAGUAAGUUAACAAGGCUUGAAAUAGAGAACUACAAUCAACAGACAGAAAUGGAGAGCUCUAUAGAGAUGAACCAGCACUUACAGGCGGAUGUAGAGACACUCAGAGAUGAACUGGAAUUCAAGAAUCACAAAAUUGAAGAGUUCGAGAGCAUGUUACAAGCAGAAAGACAGAGACUCAAGGACAUGGGACAAGAAUUGCAGGGAACUUUGGAGAAGUUAGACAUUCAAACUGAGACAAAUAACAAGUUGCUGGCUCAACAAGAUAAACAACAGGAUAUGGUGAGGGCACUGGAACAGCUUGUGGCCUUGAGGACAGAGCUACAAGAAAGCAACUUGACUUGUGAACAACAGGCUCAGAAAAUACACUCUUUGUCAGAGGAACUCGAUGAAGCAAAGACCAGCAUUAGAACGUUGAACAAACGAAACGAAUCCGACAUCGAUUGUGUUAACAAUUUAAUGGAGUCUGUCAAAGGUCUAAAAAAGAACCUUGGCGAUAAAGAGAGUGAACUCUCAUAUAUUAGAAAUCAACUAGAGGAGAGCAAACUUCAGCAACAGGAGUUGACAGAUAGUAUAGAAGAAAAGAAACGAACCAUCGAGAAACUGAAGGAAAAACUUGACCGAGAAACGGAGAAGUUUAACAAAGAAAGAUUGGAUCGCGAAACUGAAAUGAGUCAGUUGAGAGAUGAUCUUCGUCGUACCACUGAGCAAUACAGAGAACUUAACCAGGCCCUGGCUCAACAACAGCAACAGAUCACAUGUUUGCAGUCUGAUUUGAAAGACAAGAAGACUACAGUGGUGACCUUAGAAGACAAGGUGCGAGAAAUCGAACAAUCCAAGGCCGAGCUGGAGUCUCGGUACGAGAGUCGGCUGAAUCAGUUCCAACAUUUGAACGAAUCACUGGACGCAUCUGGAAUGAUUGAAUCACAUGAAGCUGAGUUGGACAAACUGCGCACCACACAGUUCAGUAUGUCAAAAGUGAUCGAUAACCUGGAGGCUCAUCGUCAAGAAAGAAAUGAAGAAAUUGAAUUAUUACGAGGUCAACUGGAGGAGAUGGAUGAACUGAAAAGAAAUAACGACCUGCUGGAAACACACUGCAAGACACUCACUUAUCAACUGGAGGCCGAGAGGAACGAAGCCAGAGAAAAAGAGGAAAAGUUCAAAACUGAAGCUGAUGAGUCAAAGAAGCAAUUAGAGGCCGCCAAUGAGAAUGAAAGAAGUGCCACGGCGCAGAAGGAUCAGAUUUUAUCGGAGAAAGCAGCCAUCGAAUCAGUGUUGGCUGCAGCGAAGCUAAACAUGGAGACAGCACUUGAGGAUGCUGAAUACAUGGCCGAAGAACUUGAAAGAACUCGACAGCUUGAGAAGCAAGGAUUUGAAGAAAAAGAAGAACUGAAAUCUAAACUUGAAUCCGCCAUGGAAGAGAAGUUCAAACUGGAGAAGGUAUUGAAAAAAAUUGAAGAAGAGAAUGCUCGAUUGAAGGGCCAUCAGAACCCACAACAGAAAGUACAGCACUUGUUGGCAAUUAAAAAGGAAAAUAAUGCUCUUAAAGAGCAAGUGAACAAGCUGAUUAAAGAAACCCAGAAGUGCAGUUGUAAAGGGAAGAAAGCGCCACUUAACAGCAAAAAUGGAGGAGGUGAGAGCAAGAAAGAAGGAAAAUCAAAGACAAGUUCAUCAAGCGAGGAAGAAGGGACAUCGGAUAUAAAAGAUGCGAUGGACAAGGAAAAUUUGUUUUCUGCUGCUACUUGAAAACUUUUGCGUUACUUGCUAUCUAGUGGGUUUUAACGUUCAGUCAAUGAUUACAAAGGAAGAAAUUGCGUUUUACCUGUGACUUCAUCUGCUUUGUGAAGGAGCAGUUACACGAGUCUGAAACACGAUUGUACGACGAAUACAGACUGAUUAUUGAGCAAGUUAUUUUAGUUUAGAACUGAAGUUGGUUUGUGUCUUGGGGCGAGAUGAGAAAAAAUCCAUGAAGCCACGAAUAUGGCUUCUUUUGAACAAAAAGCAGUGUUCUCUCUAGGCCUGCCUAGGAAUAUGCUAAGUAGUCACUUAUGUUUUAGGGUUUUAAACGGGACCCGACGGGGAACCGCGUAUAUUUUCAUAUUUUGUAUAACUGUGGCUACGAUCUAUAAGUAGUGAGGUGUUUAGGUUCAAAACAGUGAAUUAGCAGCCGGCAUUGUCAGCUUGUUAAAUUCACUUAUCUUGUGAACCGAUCCACGGGCUUUUGAUAUGUACAAGAAUAUCUAACAUAUUCUUCAAUUUCAGGAGAUCGACGAGUACUUGUAGUCUAGAAUUUCAAAUAUCUCUAUCAUAGUUUGAUUGUAACGCAUGCCGUGCUCAGGAUCAUACAGUAUAUGCACUAUCAGCAGUCAUUCUGCUAUUUUUAAAGAACUCAGUAACAAAACCUCAUCUUAUCCUAAGUCUAUUUCAUGUUUUAUUCAUUAUCAGAGCUUUUUCCAUGUUACACACGUAUUAUUUUUGUGACACUCUUGAUCCCUCUGUAUCAACGAACGCUUUCCAUUUCUUCAA